CUUCGUUGCAAAUUUCAUUUUUAUUGAACUUUGCAAAAAUUAUAUGCAAAUUUAAAUAAAACAGACCAAACUCUCUCUAGAAAACCCUAACCGCCAGGGGCUUCUCCUCCUCUGCCAUGGAUUCCGGUCAGUUGAUGGAGCCUGACCCUCCAGAACCUCCCGAUCCACCCUUAUCUUCCGUUAGAACCUCUAACAGAUCCUUCUCUCCCGUUAAAGCUCUCAUCCUCUGCAAAUCCCAUAUCAUCAAUGGAGUUUCAUUCUUAGACAGAUCUGUUUUUUCCAAGAAACCUUCCAUCUCAUCUUUCCAUCUCUUGUUACCGUCCUCUGCUUCAGAACCAUUCAUGAGUCCAGAUUUAAAUAUGAAUCUUUCUCAGAUCUCAGUGUAUUCUGCCUCUGGAGUUCUUUGGCUUUCCAUCUCCUCUAUGAUUUUGGUCCUAAGAAGUUCUUCUACUUCGGUCCCGGUGGCUGGUUUGUUGGUGCUUGGUUUGGGUUCCUCCAAUGGCCUUAUUACUGCAGAAUGCGGUCUCUUUUUAUGGGUUUCUUUGUCUCCCGUCGCAGUCACUGUAUGUUUUACCUCACAGCUUGUCAAUCUGGCUGUAGCUUCGUGCACGGGUUGCUCGGCCCUCAUCACCACCUCAUGCUUCAUUCAUCUCCCAACAAUCCAGCCAUUUCAAGGAUUGUCAAUUGUGCACUUGCUGCUGUUUCAAUCACAGGAAUUAUAUCACUGAAUGUGGUCUUUAAUUCUCAAGGCUUACUUUCACCUUGCAGCUUGGUUGUUGGGACUAGAGGACUUCUCCACGCCAUUAGUUGUUUAAGUGUUUUGUAUGCUUCUAUCUUUCUUUGCUUCAUUUUAAUUGUUGUUUGUUUGGCCAGGAUGACUUUGUUAUCAUGUUCU